AUGGCGACUCUCCAACCACGUGGGUCCUGGUUGCCGGACAUCAAGCGGAAAGCCUUUGAGGAUGCGAAGAAGAUGCAAGCAACUGUAGACAAGCAGUCAGCCGAAACUGGCAAAGAUUCGCCUCCCUACCUGCUGAAAGAGCUUAUCGGAAAAGGCAGCUUCGGGCGUGUUUACACGGCAACUGAUCUGGCGACGAAGAUGCUUGUCGCUGUCAAGAUCAUCGAUAUUGAAGAGAGCGACACCCAGAACCCCAAGCUUGCCGACACAUUUCGGGAGGUCAUGGCUGAGAUCAACGCUCUCAAGCUCCUCAGUGACAGUGGCGCCAAAAAUAUCAACGUCGUCAUUGAUGCGCUCGCCGUCGGCCAAUCCAUGUGGAUGAUUACUGAGUAUUGCGCCGGCGGUAGCGUGGCGACACUCAUGAGACCAACUGCACCCGGUGGUCUGCAGGAGAAAUGGAUCAUCCCUAUUUUACGGGAGGUUUCGGAAGCAGUAUUUUGGGUUCACCGACAAGGCAUCAUUCAUCGCGACAUCAAAUGCGCCAACGUCCUGAUUACCGAGACUGGGGGUGUGCAAUUGUGCGAUUUUGGCGUCGCAGGUAUCAUUGAGACCAAGUUCGACAAGCGUUCUACCUUCAUUGGUACGCCGCACUGGAUGGCACCCGAGCUCUUUGACCAGAAUACUUCCUAUGGUACCGAGGUUGAUAUUUGGGCCUUUGGAUCGUUGGUUUACGAGGUAGCCUCAGGCCUGCCGCCCAAUGUCAUGGCUGGCUUUGAUAUGUACCAGCUUGGAAACCACCUCAAGUCGCACGCGCCUCGGCUACAAGGUGACCAAUACUCGAGCCAAUUGAGGGACAUGGUCGCAUUUUGUCUUCAAGAGGAUCCUAAGAAGCGUCCAACCAUUGAACAAGUGCAAGAUCACCCAUACAUUCGCAACUCGGCACAGCAAUAUCCCGGCUCGAGCCUCGCCAUGCUCGUUAAAGGCUACAAGCUUUGGGAGUCUCAGGGCGGCAUUCGCAGGUCACUUUUCGCCCCUGGAGGCGCGCAAGGUCCUUCAGAUAUGGACAUGUCUGAACUAUCGUCGACUGCCCUUGCCAACGACGAGUGGAACUUCAGCACCACUUUGGCAUUCGACCAAGAAGUGUUCCAAGAUCCCGACACGCAAGCCGUCUUCGAUGUCUACGGAUCUGGCGUUGAUUUUGACCCUGGUCAUAUGAUGCAACCUCAAGCAUCCAAACCAAGGUCACGAAGAAGGCCACCUCCUCGGCAACUAGCUGCCAUGAAAGUCCCUCUGGAAAAGGUUUUUGACCCGAACACCGUCACGAAUUACGAAGAAAACUCUCGCGCCUACUACGGGUUACCUGAACCGCCCCCAACUUCUGAUUUGCCCCUAAGAGACGAUUCGGCCCAAGCAACAGCAGUACGAGAAUCGCUCAUUGACCUUGAUGCAUCACUAAACGGGACCGAACUGUCGAAUUAUGUCGAUAUGAACACAAUUAGGGCUGGCGAACCACGAAUAUCAGUUGAGCUCCAUGGAGAAUCGGGUCACGAUUACAGCAACCCACCGCUCAGUGACCCGGCAGAUGUGAACCCUAACCGGAGAACCCGAGACUGGAAGUUCCCUUCCAUGGCCGCCCCAGCGUCAGCAAAUCCCGAGAUGUCGCGAUUCCCCUUCAACGAUGAGCGAACAACACCCGGCUCAUCAAACCGGCCGCAGCUCCUCCACCAGGCCACCGAACCGCUCACCGUGCCUAACUACAGAGAAGCGGACCUUAGUGUGCCGAGGCCGAGUACUCAAGCCAGCAUGCGAGAAUCAGUCAGCAGCCUGAUUGAUCUUGAUAUGGGCACUGUUACUCUGCCACCUGGUCAGGGCAACAGUCGCGAGUCGAUCAAUAGCCUUAUCGAUCUCGAUAUGAGCGAGAUUGAGCCUCAACUCGGCAUACAGGCCAGUCGUGAAUCAGUCAGCAGCCUCAUUGACCUCGAUAUGAGCAUGCCAGAACUCACCCGCCCUUCAACGGCCAAUUCUGACGUCGCCUCCGUCACUGGCUCGGAGAUGAGCCUGGCAAACCCGUUUGACUUGGAGCGUCACGCCUCUCUCUACGUCCCAUCCUCCAACCGAGAACCCUCGAUCUAUGUGUCUGAUGACUCCAACUUCAUGUCCGCUAUCCCUAAAGGAAACGAGGAGUUUUCCAACGGUCUCGCAGGCCUCGCCAUCACGGACGGUCCGCGUCCCGACUCGUCAAUGUCUCACCGCAUGCGUCCGAGUAACGGCAGCAGCAUCAGCAGCCUUGGCGCCAGCAGCACAACUUCUGGCCUGCGACUCGACACGACCGGUUUCGCGGGCCCUUCAUACCCGGACAACAGUGGCGAGUUCCUUACCCCGCAGACCAUGCGGUCUGUCCACACAGGGCCCUCCCCGGCGGUACAAGAAGGUAAUAAGCAAGACGAAUCGCCCAUGCCGCCGGCACCGGCGCCGCCGUCAGUCCGGGCCAUGCAAGGCCAGGCAGACGCCGAGGAAGUGAAAGAAGAGCUGAGGCGCAUGACGAUGAGUUUGGGUGAGCAUCUGGCGUUCAUGAACCAGUAUCUCUCCGCCAUGCCUGUUCGAAAUCCGGGAUUCGAUGGCGGUGAAGGAGCGAGACGGUGA